AUGAACGUGUCCUUCUUCAAUGUGACCCAGGGCGCGCUGUUUAACGGGACUCAGACUCUCGCCGGGACUCUGGCGACAUACUCCUCCGGCAAUGGCACCGACAACGUGGUGACCGGCGACGGCGGCGGGUCUCUGGUGCUGGUGCAAGACGAGCGCAAACUCUUCGUCAUGCGUGUGGUUCAAAUCGCGGUGCUGUGCGUGUUGUCGCUCACCGUCGUGUUUGGUAUUUUCUUCCUAGGGUGCAACCUGAUGAUCAAAUCGGAGAGCAUGAUUAACUUUCUGGUGAAGGACCGCAGACCAUCCAAAGACGUUGAGACGGUCAUGAUCGGGCUCAGCUAGAGCACGGAGAGAGUUGGCACCGUGGAGAUCUGGUUCGCGUUUCCGCAGGUGAAGAUCUGCAUCUGCAUGUGUUUCUCAGAGACGCACUCUCUGUGUCCUAGUGAGGAAAGAUAUGCAAACACUUCUCAUUUCCUUCCGAAAAACGACUACAGGAUAGCAGCCAGCGACCAAUGUUCAUGCGUAAAGUUUGUGCGUAAAACACGGGAGAUUGUUUACACGUGGGCCUGUUGAAUCUUUUGAGUGAAUGUAAUGUUGCCAACUUGAACACAGUGACGAAAAUGUUUACAAGCUU